UAAAACGCGUCAGAACUGGAGGAGUAGUCUAUAAGGGAAGGGCGUGCAGGGGAAAAAUGUCAUGUUUGGGCGGAGUGUACAUCGGUCAAGCUCAGGUCCAACCGACUACACAAAUCAAAGGAGCAGCUUCGUGUUUUCGUGAUCACAUCCGUAGCACUUCAGAAGUUUGACGCAGAAAAACUUCCCCAUUCUAUUACUGAGGUCAUUUCCUAAGAGACAAUCUCUACUAGGACAAGAAGUCAGGUGCAUUUACACAUCUUGCUGCAACAUGUCUGCUCCAGGUUAUCCUUCCCCACAGCCUCCAUACCCCAUGACCCAAAUGGGUGGCCCUGUGCCCCCCUACCCAGUAGGGGGUUAUGGGGAGCUUGAUCCUGCUGCCCCACCUGCAGGAUUCUAUAUGGGCUACCAACCCAGCCCACAUCAGCCAGUCAUGAACCAGCCAGGCCCAGGUGGCCCACCACAGCAACCAAUCCAGAUGUCUGCAUAUGGAGGUGAUGCUCCAUACUCCAGCCCUUCUGCACAAACGCCAUCAGUGCCAGUAGGAGUACCACCAGGUCUGGAAUAUUUAACACAGAUUGACCAGGUCCUCAUUCACCAGAAAGUUGAGUUGUUGGAGGCAUUCAUCAGCUUUGAGACCAACAAUCAAUAUGAGAUUAAGAACAGCUUGGGCCAAAAGAUCUACAAGGCCAAAGAGAAGAACGACUGCUGCACACGGAACUGCUGUGGCGCACUGAGGAGCUUUGAUAUGAAGAUUAAAGACAACUCAGACCGUGAGGUCAUACGGCUAAUUCGCCCUUUUCGCUGCGCCUCCUGCUGGUGCCCCUGCUGCAUGCAAGAGCUUGAAGUACAGGCACCCCCUGGCACCACCAUCGGCUAUGUGACCCAAGACUGGCAUCCCUGUUACCCAAAAUUCUCCAUUAAGGGUGCCAACAAAGAGACUCUGAUGAAACUGGAGGGCCCCUGCUUAGCCUGCAACUGCUGUGGGGAUGUCAACUUUGAGCUGAAAGGCAAGGAUGGAGGAAAGUCUAUUGGUCGAAUCAGUAAGCAGUGGAGUGGAUUGUUAAAGGAGGCGUUCACUGAUUCAGACAACUUCGGCAUCCAGUUUCCCUUGGACAUGGAUGUGAAAAUGAAAGCUGUCCUGAUGGGAGCUUGCUUCCUUAUUGAUUUUAUAUUCUUCGAAAAAGUGGGAGACUCUAACCAGCGCAACACAGUCUUCUCUUAGAGAAGUAGACAUUCUUCAAUGUGCCUUUGUCUGAUCAUUUAUUCCUCUUAUCUUUUUAUGGCCCAAAUACUACAUAAGCUAGCUCUUAUCCAUUUUUUGUUGGUCCAACUCAUGAGCUUUAUGCCUCUUGAGGAGUUCUAGUGCUUUUUCUCAUAUGUAAAUAAAUGAAUGAAUUAAAUUUUUUAUUAUUAUUAUUAUUAUUAUUAUUUACACCUGAUGCACAGGAAAUAGGAUGUUUGUAUGCCAUAUGAAAGUGUUCAACCCAAACCGGUCAUUCAUGUUUUUCCAUGUUUGUUCUCAUGUGAUUGUGUGCCAUUUUCUUGAUGCACCUAAAGCCUUUUAUUUCAGAAUGUAUUGUAUGCAGAGGUGCUGCUUGUAGCACUUUCUGCUCAUCCCACUUAUACACUUAGUUUUUUUUCAUAGUUUGACUUGUAUAGACUUGUAUGAAUCAGGUUUUAAUGUCUUGUUCAAAAACCACUUUACCAUCAAAUACUGUUAUCUUACAAGAUCUUGUAUUCUUUACUAAUGACCCUAACAUACUAUACCAUACCUCCUUCCUUAUGAACGAUGGCAAAGUUGUUUUUAACUGCAACAUUUAUAACUUAUAUGCAUAUGUUAGACAAAUGGUAUAAUCUCAUCUCAUCUAGAAAUUGUAUACUUGUCCUUAACUCUUAACAGCCUGUCAUGGGUUCAGACAUAUACUGCUUUACUUUCAUAACAGCAUACUUUUCUUAGGACUAACUUAGUUACUUAUAAAUAGCUAUAGUAACUUACUAAAUAAUAUGGUUCAUGAAUAACUGAAUAAUAACCUGGGCGGUAAGGUUUAAUCAUUAGCUCACAAUGUUUGGAUCAUGUACCAGUUUGGGAGUGGGGGACUGAGUAGUAACUGGGAAGACUCUACUUUGGAAGUAUUUUUUUCAUUCAUUUUCUGUAUUCAUUGUGGUGGAUGAUGAUGACGUGCUUAAAGAAUCCAGCUGUACCAGUGUGUGGAGUCCAUAGCAACAACUUUUACAUCAACUGUAAUUUUUUUUCAAUAUAAUGGGAAACAGAAGUAGAACUGUUUUCUCUCACUUUGCCAAACUUGUGUAGCUUCCUAAUGUGGACUGGCAGGAAUAUAAAGUUUGUUCUUUGCUUUGGAUAAGAGUCUGCUAAGUGAAUAAAUGUAAUGGUCUUGUGGCUUAAUAGAAUAUAAACUGAUGACAAAUGUACUACAGCAAGUACCUUACUGUUUUUAGCACGUAAUUGAGUCAUGUUAGACACGCACUAUUCGAGACUUAUUUUAAAUGGUGGUUUAAUUUGCUUUUAAUCAACUCUUUACACAACUAAUUUAUGCAAAUAACCUUGUUAUACUGAACUGUCCCAAUUCUUUUUUUUCAACAAAAAGCCAAAGUAUAGCCAUGUUUAAUAUUUUAGUUAAAUGAAAGGCCACAUUUUCUUUCAACCAAUUUCAUAGAGAUUAAGUACAAUGGUACUGGUAUGUUCUUCAAGAAGGCUUACAUCUACCUGUAUGGAAACCUACAUUGCUCGUUAUGCUAUAUACACUAGUGUGUACCUUUUUAUCUGUAAUGAACUGUAUGUCUUAAAAUAACAUUAAAAAAGUUUGAAAAGGCUUUA